ACUUUUUCUGUAGUGCGAAAACUCCCAUUGCAUUUUUUUUUGAAGAAACAUAACCAAAUUUUAUUAAAACGUCAAAAUUUUGUGUAGCAGUCAUUCUUAUUUAUAUGGUGUUAUUUGAGCCCUGUUUUACGAGAUUUCUAGCACGUACAACCUUUACCAUACCGUUGUUCAGAAGUAUGAAGGUAAUGUAGACUUUGUUGCACUACCGAUGUCAAUAAAAGUCAGUUUUCGCUGCAUAUUUAAUGCGUUUUCACAUGCUGAUCAAAACGAGACACACACAUAUUUUGAAUUUUAUUUCACCGCUGGAACGUAAUUUCACUCUGUCGUGAUUUUAUUUUUGUUUUUCUUGGUAGAUGCGAAUGUUGGAUGAGAAUUUAACGGGAGUUUAGUUGUGUUCUUAUGUCGUACAAGUGUGCAGUGUUUCGUGUUGAUGAACUUAAAAAUACUUACCUACUUUGUGCGCAAUUAAAACAAUGAUGGGUGUCGAGGUCGGAGAACCGAGAGUAACAAAAAAAUUAAUAUUUUUUAAUAAACUAUCAACAAACAUGGACAAUACUUUAGCGAGUGAGAUUAAAAGAAAGCAUAGCACAAUAAGCGGACAUUCCCCAUUAGUAUUAAAUUCCUUGGAUCCAACUAUAAAUAACCAUGUCUGUGAGCCUGAAGAAAAUGCAUUGGAGCCGAAGAAAGAUAUACCCAUUUUGUUACAGCAAUUGGAUUCAUUAAAUAUUCUAUCAGAUGAAGUUGAUAAUCUUGGACAAAAAAGUAUCCUUUUACUGGAUGACACCGAAAACUUGAGAAUUAAAUCAGAAGAUGCUUUUAUCAAGUCACUGAAUUUAGAACCUAGGAAAAAAGUCAAAGUAGUAUCAAUUUUUGGUAAUACUGGUGAGGGCAAGUCACAUACAUUAAAUCAUGUUUUCUUCAAUGGCGAAGACAUAUUCAAAACCUCUUCAUCGCAAGUGUCCUGUACUAUAGGUGUGUGGGCCAAAUACGAUACAAAAAUGAAUGUUAUCUGUUUAGAUACUGAAGGAUUACUAGGUAUAACGAAAAAAGAAAACCAACGUACUCGACUGUUGCUAAAAGUUCUGGCCGUAUCCGACAUAAUAAUUUACCGUACGACAGCCGAAAGACUCCAGAAAGACAUGUACACGUUUCUAGGGGGCGCGUCUAAAGCUUACAAAGACCACUUUAGCAACGCCUUACACAAAGCAUUAAUAAAGACUGAUGGAGAUAAAAUUAAUCCAGGUUUAGGCCCAGGCGUGAUAAUAUUUCACGAGCCUAAACACACAAACACCUUAGAUGAUCUGCACGAUAGAGCGAGUGUGACGCAAUCCGCUGAAGAUAUCCUAAGGGCUACCUUCGCCGAUUUGGACUUAAACUGCGACUCGUUCAGUUUUCUUAAGUAUAUCGGUGUAAAGAAGCCGGCAAAUGGGCGUACACCUUUCGACCGCCUAAAAUUUGCCUUGAACAAAGAAUUGGAAAGCACUGAAGUGAGGUCACCCAGAGAUGCUAAAUAUAUUUAUUUAAUGCUAAAGAGUAUUAAUGAAAAAUAUCUGUUACCUAUACACGAUACAAGUCCGCAUUUAUACCUAUCCCAGUUUUUCACGUGUCCUGAAAAAUGCCAGUCUUGUCAUAGCGCUUGCACACUUUCCAUGGGCCACCAAGACGAUGGGGAAGCCCAUGCCACAAAUCAACCGUGUAAAUUUCAACAUCAAUAUCAAAAUUGUGUUUACUUAUGUAAGAAAUGCCACAAAAAUGGGAAUAAAGUUGUUGUAAAGCCCAGCUAUCAAACGACGCAUGAGAAUUCGUGGACAUCAUAUUUCAAUUACGUUUGGGCCGGUUAUGUCAUAGAAUGUCCUAAAUGCGGGGAGAUAUAUAGAAGCAGACAGCAUUGGUAUGGCAAUAAAAAUCCGGAAGAUGACGCUGUUAGAUUAGAAAUAGUGCAUCUUUGGCCAGGGAAUAAAUCGUAUUUUCAGGAGCGCAUCCAAUUUGGUGCUUACAAUUUCGCCCAAAAAGUUGUAGAUCAAAUUACGGUCAUAUCUAAUGUGGUUUCCAGUGUUGGAUCGGAACCGGUUAAGAAUAUUAGGGAUUGGACAAACGACAAAUUCAUAGCGCCGAGUUAUUGGAGACCAAACCACGAAAUUAAGGCUUGUUUCAAAUGUAACGUAUCGUUUAUACCGUCAGGCUCAAAUAAAAUAUUAUUGGAUAAGCAUCAUUGUAGGAAGUGCGGCGAGGGAUUCUGUGACGCUUGUUCGUCCAGAACUUGCCCCGUUCCUCAAAAGGGUUGGCCCGAUCCAGUACGAGUAUGCGAUUUCUGUUACGACGAUUUAGAAGGUCGCGGUGAAAGUUUGAUUGCCGGAUUAUCCGGAGAGGAAUCCGCCGAAGUUCGAGCUAGGUAUUUAAGUGAGACAGUUGUAAGUUCCAUAUCAGCUGUGAAGUCGCUUUAUGAUAAGUCUAAAGAUCUUCUUAAGGAUACAAUAAGACCAAGUUACUGGACUCCCGACAGCGAGUGUAUAGAAUGCGUAUUAUGCAAACAACCAUUUGGACCAUUGUUGUCGCUCCACCAUUGCAGGGACUGCGGUAAAUGCGUGUGCGACAAUUGCUCAAAAUCGCGAAAGGCUGUGCCACUUAAAGGCUGGGAUUCCCCCGUUAGAGUGUGCGAUACCUGCCGAUAAGGUUUAGUCAAAGUAUUUAUUUUCAUAAUGCGAAGGUGGAAAACUUGUUUUGAAAUCCGUAAUAUUACUUUUCUUAAUUAUUCAUCACAUACCUAUAUAAAUAUCGCUUUGUAAUAUUGACAGACUAAGAAGAUAAACAUAAGUUGAUAUAUUUAAUCAUUUAUUUUUAUAAAUAUGAAUGUUUGUGCUUGUAUCUGUUACGACAGAUUGUUAACGAUACUUUUUGAUAUUUUUAUUAUUAUUGUUACAAUUUCACUUUAAUAUGUUUUAUGUAGAGUAUAAAACUGAUUUUAGAGGCAACAAUAAACUAAUUUUCUAGAUAACAUAUGAAUUUGGAGUAAUAUAAAAGCAUUUUUUCUAUUUUAUCAUUUAUCAUAAUGUUAAAAUUUAUAGAAAAUUUUAAGACUCAGUAAAUAAUGUAUUAGAAAUAAAAAAUAAUAGGGAUUAAUUAAAUAUAACUUUAUAUCAAAUAUGCAGAAGUUUUUUAAGAACCUGAAGAUUUGGUUUCUAUUUUUCAGUUUUAUAAGUCAAGAUAUUUCAAUUUCAUUCAAGCCAUUGUUUUCAAAAGAAACAUUUCUGACAACUAGACCGUUUUACGGGGUCUAUUCUUAAAAUUGACAGAUAAAAAUGGAGAUAUGGGAUAUUAGCAUUACAUUAUACACACAAAUAAAUAUUUUUAUUUAC